CUUCCAUCGUGUCCACUCCCAGCUAACCGGCCAACCAAUUUUGCACCUCCUUGGUCUGCACACCACACUGUAUCGCAACCUCAACUUAAGUCACAUACGCUCACAAUACAGAACACAUUGACAUUACCGUUCUAUUCGUAAACCGUUUUGGUGUGCUGUGAAACCGUCUAGUUCAAUGGCGUCUUCCAAACAGAUUGUCUUCUUUUUCUGCCUUUUCGUUGGAAGUUACUCACAAGAAUUCAAAUGUCCGAAACAGUCGGGGUAUUACCCGGAUCCGAUACAGUGUGAUUUGUACUACGAUUGUGUAGAUGGCAUUCCUGAAGAGAAGUUAUGCCCCGAUGGUUUAGUGUUCGAAGAUAGUGACCCAAAAUACGAAAGGUGCGACAUUCCAACCAAUGUGGAAUGUGGUGAAAGAACCGAAUUGCAGGAACCCAAGCCAACGCCAGGCUGUCCUAGAGCAAACGGAUUCUUCCGGCAUCCGGAUCCAGAAGCGUGCGAUAAGUUUUACAACUGCGUCGAGGGAGUCCCUCGGGAACUUCCAUGUCCUCCAGGGCUGGUAUACGAUGACACACGAAGCACUUGCUCUUGGCAAGCUGACAGUGGGCGAAAAGAUUGUAUAAAAUCGAGAAAAGAGGUCCUUGAUGAUGGUUUUUCAUGCCCCGAUGGUGAAGUUCUCGGGCCUGAUGGACGAGCACUUCCUCAUCCAACAUUUGCACAUGCUGAAGACUGCAAACUGUUCUAUAUCUGUAAAAACGGUGUACAACCUCAGAAAGGAGCUUGCGACUAUGGAGAAGUUUACAACGAGGAUACCAUGAAAUGCGACGAUCCUGCUAACGUUCCUGGAUGCGAGGAGUACUACAAAGAUAAGACAAAACCACUAGCAAUAAACAAAUAGACUAGUAAAGAAGCCAUCAUUGAGUAUAAUAUGAAUAAUAAUUCUAAUUUUUGUUUUCAACAGUUCUGAGACCCCUUAUUAUAAUUACGUUUCAGUAAUUUUUACAUCAUCAGAACAAAAUGUAAAGUGAAUUUAUGUACUUUUA